AUGAUCAACCAACCGCCUCAGCUUUUCGGUCCCUACACUCACGAUGGCAUGCCCAUGGGCCACCUGCCUCCCGAGUUGGCCGCUCAGAUGUUUCCGGAUCCCACAACCCUGCUUGACGAUGCUAAUGAGGCCAAGAGGAGGAGAAUCGCUAGGAAAAAGAAGAUCAAGUGCGACGGCAAGCUCCCCGCCUGCACCCAUUGCAUCAAUUACAAGACCGACUGCGUAUUUACGCAGGUCGAGAAGAAGAGGAAUCCUCCUAAGGGGGCGAAAUAUAUCGAGGGCCUGGAAAACCGGCUUGGCCGCAUGGAGAGUCUCUUGAGGCUCUCUGGCCUUCUCGGCGAUGACGACGGCGCGACUGACCUCGGAACCCUGGAAAAGAGGCUUGCGGAAAAGACCCAGCAGGUCAAGCAGUCGCAGUCUCUCUCCAACCCCACCGCUUUGACCUCUCCCGAGCCUAUCAAGGACACACAUGCCGAGAGCCGCGAGUCCGUCACGCCCGAGGAUCCUCCGGUGGAAGAAGAGGUUGAGGCUUUGUCUGAGAUGAUGUGUUCCCUUGUAACAAACCAGAGCGGGGAGACUAGGUAUAUCGGUUCGUCAUCUGGCUUCUCCAUCUUCUCGCCCAAGGGUAUUCAGUGGGUCAACGAGAAGACUGGGGAUGAGUCUUUCCAGCAAAUGAUCUCCGAUGUCUCUCUCGAUGACCACAAGUGGACGAACUGGAAGCCCGAAAUCUUCUGCGACCUGUUCCAGCGGCCCAUCUUCCGCCCUCUCCCGCCCAAGGGUGAAACUCUGUCUCUUCUCAAGGACUAUUUCGAAAACUUCAACUGCAUGUUCCCCUCUUCCACCAGCCUACUUUCAUGCACCUUGUCGAGAGGCAAUAUUCGGACAACCCUUACCAAGGGUCCGGAUGGUGGGCAAGUUUGA